AUGGAAAGAGAACUCAUCCUCGAUGAGAAUGUUGUCAACCUAUUACCUUGGGGUGCCGUGGUGAAAGAGGUGAUCAGCUACGGAACAGCGGCUUGGACGAGUGCAUCACGAAUUAAUGUUGCGCUGCUGAAUGGGGAGAGGAAGUCAUUUUUUCUCAAGCGAGCAAAAGGUAACCAGGGCAAGGAGAUGAUUGAAGGCGAGUAUCGCUCAAUGAUGGAGAUCUAUUCCUCUAUGCCCGAUCUCGUUCCCAGGCCGAUAGGGUGCGGCAAAAUCAAGCGAGCCUCCCUUGACACCUACUUUUUCCUCAUGGAUUUCAUCAACUUGAGCUGUGAAAUGGCUGAGCCUGGAGAUUUCUGUCGCCUCAUCGCCCAGCUUCAUCAGAAUAGUACAUCUCCGACGGGAAAGUUUGGCUUCUUUCAAACCACCUACCAUGGCCCCAACCCGCAGAACACAGCUUGGGAGAGCAAUUGGUGCGUCUACUUCACGAGGCUGUUGACUCAAUUCUACGACCGGGAAAUCGCCCAAAACGGGUCACAACCAGAAUAUGAGGCUGCCUACCAGAAACUUGUUUCUGACGUAGUGCCACAGCUUCUUGAGCCUCUUCAAUCCGACGGCCGUGUCUUGAGACCAUGUCUCAUCCACGGAGAUUUGUGGGAAGAGAAUACUGGCAUCAACCUAGAUACUGCUCUACCUGUCGUGUUUGAUGCCAGUGCGAUGUACGCCCAUAAUGAAAUGGAGCUGGGCAUGUGGCGAGCCGACAUCAUCCGUUUCGGGAAGCCGUUCUAUCAUGAGUAUCUGAGGAACAUGCCUCCGAGCGAGCCGAGCGAACAAUUUGACGACCGCAACCGAUUGUAUAGCAUCAAAUUCAAGAUUGCCCAUUGCUUAGGUUGGCCACAUUCCGCACCUAGCCACCGCCAGCAGAUAUUGAGUGACAUGCACUAUUUGAUCGACAAGUAUUCGUGA